AUGGCAGUUGUAAUCAAAUAUUUAUUUAGAUCAAUGGAUUUUGAUGCUGUUUUUCAACAAUGGGAUCCAUAUGAUAAAGAAAUUAAAGAAUAUCUUGAGAUGACUAAAAAGAAAUCUGAAAUAAAUUUUCCAGGAUUAUCUAAUAAAGAAUUUAAAAUUAUGAAGAAGGCAAUUUUAAAAUCAGCAUAUCGGUUGGAUUAUGCAAUAGUUUUUUUUUGUUGUGAGACACGCUUUGGGUGGUCUACUGUAAUUGGAAUAAUACCAGUGAUUGGAGAUAUAAUCAAUCUAUAUUUAUCAAUACGACUUGUACGUCUUUGCAUGAGUGUCAAUUUGUCGUAUAAAACAGUUAUUCAAAUGUAUGCAAAUAUUAUUAUUGCUUUUACCAUGGGAGUUAUUCCUAUUAUUGGAGAUAUGUUAUUUGCUUGUUAUAAAUGUAAUAUUCGCAAUUACAUUCUCCUUGAAAAAACACUAAAAGAACGUGAAAAAAUGAUAUUAACACUUGGAUCCAAACACACAUAA